AUGCCGCUGAAGGGUGGAGCUACGAUUAAACGGAAAGAGUCCCAGAAGAAUCUUAACAAGUCAUCGAGACCUAAUAGUGAAAACCCGAAGAAAAAAACUGUGAAAAAGAGAACCUCCAAUCUGAGUACUAACUCCGUCGUUUACGAGGAACCAAUAAAUCUCAAACCACUACGAAAAAAGAAGUUUAAAAAUAACAACACCACAGCAGAGCCUACUGACGACCAGUUGAUGUUUGAAAAUGGGGGAGACAGUGGAACACAUCGCCCCGAUGAUAACCAGUAUAUGGAGAGACCAGACUGGAUUGAUGAGACGAUUCCUGAUGAUGCUAUACCAGAUGCAGAAAUGAGGCAGCAUAGAUCGGUUGACUCCGGAGGGCGAGAAUCCCUCGCUAGGGUGCGCUGCUCUCCCGCCGGCCUCACCAAUGGAGUGGCGGAUAUUAUCGCCGCCAUUGACAUAGGCUCCACCUACUCUGGCUACAGUUUUGGUAUCGUUGAUGAUUUGAACAAAGACAGAACAGCCAUGUUUAUGAAUAAGACAUGGAUUUCAGGGAAUCCUCGCCUGACUACCAUGAAGGCACCAACAUCCGUCCUGUUCACCCCCGAGAAACGGUUCCACUCAUUUGGUUAUGAGGCAGAGUGGAAGUACAGUCAGCUUUCAGCCGACAAGGUCAAUGGCGGAUGGUACUACUUCCGGCGAUUUAAAAUGGCGCUGUUGACAGAUGAAAACCUCAACUCGACUUCAAGUAUUCAAGAUGAUACGGGGAAACCUCUUAGGGCGGCCAUGAUCUACGGCACUGUACUGAAGACUUUGAAGUCAGCCUUGGUUGAGAACCUGGCCACAACGAUGAAGGGCUGCACUGUUCAGUGGGUCCAGGAUAAUUUCGCCUUCCGGUGGGUGAUCACACAUCCGGCAGAGUGGUCAGACGACGCCAAGCAGUUUCUUAGACUAGCCGCUAAACAGGCUAGUAUACCGGAUGUAGUGCUCGUACCGGAACCGGAAGCAGCGGCAAUGUAUUGUCAGAUCAGUAACCUGCAUCGUAUUAAUACACGGAAUGGUGAAAUAAUCUGCAUUCAGAAACAGGGUCUUCACUACAUGGUUCUUGACAUGGGUGGUGGAACUGUUGAUACGACAAUCCACGAGUUUGACGAGGAAAACAAGAUUAACGAACUUCACACUACCUGUGGUGUGGUGUUUGGCGGUAUACGGGUAGAUGGCGCUUUCGUCGAGUUCCUGAUGAAGGUUAUUGGUUUCGAGGUAAUGGACAAGUUUGCUCAAAGUUUCCGCGGGGAUUUACUAACACUUCACAAAGAAUUCGAGUCAAAAAAGCGUGUGUUUGAUCCCACCUCUACAGAUUAUGUUUCAAUCAAAGUACCAGCAAUACUGCGGAGGAUAUAUGAAGUGAAUGAAAAAAAACCCCUUCAACUCAAGGUAGACAAUUCCGAGUUCGGGGAUCUGGUGAAAAUGCACGGGGAUAAUAUUACCAUUGAUCCAGAUAUCUUCAAUGGAUUUUUCAAAUCUGCUGGAGAGCAAAUUUUGACACACGUCAUGAAAGUUCUUAGUUCUAAAAGAGGCAGGAACGUGAAGACAAUCGUCAUGGUCGGUGGUUUUGCUCAGUCGGCAAGCAUCCAAGGCUUAAUGCGGAGGAAGUUCCCAGAUAUGACCAUUCUUAUGCCGAAUGAACCGGAAAUGGCUGUGCUGAAAGGCGCCGUUUUAUAUGGACAUGAGUUUGCACCAAUAAUAAAAAUGGACGCAAAACACUCGUAUGGAUUAUCCAUAGCAUUACCAUUCCAUAGGCAUGACCAUCACGAGGACAAAAGAUUCAACGCCAGUGGGGUAGAUCUGUGUACCGAUAUAUAUAGUGAACAGAUUGGCAAAGGGGAAACUGUGCGCAUAGGCGAUUUCGUGACAAAAAUGAGUUUGUAUGUCAAUAGAAAAGGUCAAAAGUGCCUGUCUCUUCCCAUGUUUCUAAACACAGGUGACAUGUCUCCAUUGUAUACUACAGAUGCAAACUGUCACUUUCUUGGCAAGAUGCAGAUUUCGCUUGCAUCUGAUAGAGAUAUCAAUGCACCUAUUGUGGUCAGAAUGGGACUGACGUAUUCGGAACUCCUCGUAGAGGUAGUUGACGAGAGCAAUGGACGAACAGUAAGAGACACGUUUCUAGACUCACCGUUAAAGAACGACUGA